AACAAAUAGAGUAAUUUGUUUUCUUGAUGCCGUCUAAAUUUUGGUUUAUGUAAUCAUUUUAAUUUAUAUCAUCCACUUCUUUUGUUUCUGUAUUAGCGUAUAUGGUGUUGGAAAAUUUAGAUUUAUUUCAAAAAAGUAUUGAACUGGUAUCAUCUAGCUAAAUAAAAUAUUUUAUGUUGGCAUUGUUUAUUAAACUAAAUUCAAAUUUAACUCUUGUAAAGUUGAGUAUAUAAUUAAUGAAAUACAAGUAAACAUACGAAAACAUUGAAACUUCAAAGUUCACAUUAGAUGUACUUUAGAGUGAUGUGAUAUAUUCUCUAUUAUGGCUUUUAUUCAAAGUUUAUCUCACUUCAUUAGCAGUGGAAUAUCUUAUCGUAGAGAUUCUUCUCCAUCUCCAUAUGUUUUAAGUACUUCUCCGCCAGAUAGUACCAUGGAGUUAUAUCUUCUAGAGCAUCGCUUGCAAGUGUGUGCAAUUGCCAAAUCAGAUAUUCAAUAUUUUUGUUAUGCAAUAAUAAAGAUUGCCUUGUUACCUGAGGCAAGACCAAAUUUUUUCAGUAUUACAGAGAGUAAUGGUCUUUAUACGGUUAUACUUACUGAUGAAGACUAUAAGGAGUUUCCUUCUCACCGUUCUCUGAAAAAUUCAAAUCACAGAUGGCGAGUUCUUACUGUUUCAGUUGGAGCCAUGGGUGUGUCAAACGAGUUAGUUGGGAUUUCAAAAAUUUCAAAAUCUGUCAUAGGUCCAUUAUCAGACCAUAAAAUCUCAGUUCUCUGCGUUUCGACAUACCAAUCUGAUUUUAUCCUUGUUCAAGAAAAUCAGUUGAAUGUUGCUUUGCGUGUUUUGGGAAAUUAUUUCAAAAUUUUUAAUGAAGAUCAUAAGCGUGUCACUGAUAAUCAGGUUGCUUGCUCCUCGCCAAAAACUCCAGAUAUAAGUGCAGUUCUCCCUAUAUGCCAUCCUUUUCGCAGUCCAAAAUCUGUGUUUUGUGUCACAGGACUUGAUGCAUCAAAGCUAUCAGGAGUCGUACAAUUGCUACUUGAACUAAUAUUUUUUUCAGGGAAUCAAAAAGAAAAUAAUGAAGAUUCGUUUUUUCAUUUUUCUGUUGUGUGUGGAGAUAUCUCUCUUAUUAUUAAUAAAGAGACACUUGAAAAAUUUCCUAACAAUGUUCUUUAUACACGGAAAAAUGAAGAAACCUGGCGGAUGGUAAUCAUUGGAGAUGAUUUGGGUUUUGAUGAGUGUGGAAUUGUUGCUCAAGUUGUUGACCCUUUAGCAUCAGCUCUACUCUCAACAUAUUAUGUUAGUACAUAUAAUAUGGAAUACUGUAUGGUUCUAGAAAGUGACAUUGAUAGAGUUUUGGAGUUAUUUGCUCAAAGAACUUUAGAUAAACUUAAAAUAGAAGAAAAUUCCACUAUUAAAUCUAUGAGUCAAGUCGAGUCUUCCGAGUUAAGGCCAGGUGAAGUUCAAUCGUUCAAAUCUCAAGAAGUGAGUAUUACGAAUUUACCGGAGUUACAGUUUUCAUCGUCACCUUAAUUUUUACUGUAGUUACAGUUUUCAUCGCCACCGUAAUUUUGUGGUUUCAUUUCAUCGGAAUCAUUUAUUCUGCAAUGGAUUUCUACGAAAAGUAAUUUAAUACUUUAGUGUAACUAAAGUGUUACCUAGACUUCUUAUUUAUAUUUGAUACGCGCGAAAUGCUUUUUUUUAGAUUGCUUGAGUGAUGCACGCAUUUUUUGACAUGUUUAAAUUUAUUCGGUCUUUUAAAAUGUUAAAUGUUUUCUUUAUCUUGAAAUUUAUUUUUUAAUUUACUUAUUUCGCACGCUGAAUAUAAUUCAGGUGUUUUAUAAUCAUUUAUUCAGCAUAGCCAGGAAAUAGAUCUUGUUUACAGGUCAAUUUUUUGUUGAGCUCUAACACUGGGUUAUGAACUCUUAUAUAAUACUAUAAAUAUCUUCUUUUAUAUAUUUACUGGGAUACUCACUUUGGUUAGGCGACUGCUUUUAAAUAAUCCAAUAACUAGUUCUUGUUUAAAAUGUUUUAUUUUUAGAACUUUUUUUUUUUAUUUAAAUCUUUAAUUCUUGUACAAAUAAUAUCAAAUUUUACACACAAAAAAAACUUCGUUUUUGAAUAUAAA